CGCAUUCAUGAAAUGCAACGCUUGUUUAUUUGGCGGUUGUAAAACAUUUUAAAUUUCUUUAUAUUGAAUGGGAACCACAAGUCUUGAGUGCCAAACAUGGAAGAUUAUAGAAAAUUAGAAAAAAUUGGCGAAGGGACAUUUGGAAUCGUUUAUAAAGCAGAAGAUUCGGUAACGGGACAAAUUGUUGCCAUGAAAAAAAUUAAACUAGGAGCAAGUGAAGGAAUUCCCGCAACAGCAUUAAGGGAAAUGGAUCUGCUUCAAGGGCUUAAACAUCCAAACAUUAUAUGCUUAAUAGAUAUUGUCAUGGAUCAAUAUCGCUUAUACUUAAUAUUUGAGUACCUAUCAAUGGAUUUAAAAAAGUACAUGGAUUCUAUGACUCCUGAUACACAUAUUGAUAAGGAAUUAGUGCGUAGAUACUUAUAUCAAAUCACUAAUGCCAUACACUAUUGUCAUCGCAAUCAUGUUCUUCAUCGAGAUCUAAAACCACAGAAUAUAUUAAUUGAUAAAAAGGGUGUUAUAAAAGUAGCAGAUUUUGGUCUCGGGCGGUCCAUUAGUCCUAGAUCUCGCGUAUAUACACAUGAAGUUGUGACAUUGUGGUACAGAGCUCCUGAGAUUUUGUUGGGGUCUCCAUAUUAUGCCUUCUCAGUGGAUAUAUGGUCAAUUGGUUGUAUUUUUGCUGAAAUGUCUAGCAGAAAACCACUAUUUCAAGGAGAUUCCGAAAUUAAUCAACUAUUCCACAUUUUCAGAAUUUUGAAAACACCAACUGAGGACAUAUGGCCUGGAGUAACCUCUCUUCCAGAUUACAAAGCAACAUUCCCUUGUUGGUCAUCAUACACUCUACGUGAACAAUUAAAAAAUAUAAGUGAACUAGGAAUCGAUUUAUUACAGAAGAUGCUUAUUUAUGAUCCGUUUCAUCGUUUUACAGCUAGAGAUAUAUUGAACCAUCCAUAUUUUGACGAUUUUACCAGUACUACGUCUGAGUAAAAUGACUAAGAUUUUACUAAAACCUUUGUAAAGAAUUGAUAUGUAAAUGAUGUUGAAGCAACCAUAAUUUUAAAGAAU